AUGCCAGGUGCGGAUGAGGUUACACAAGGACCUGCAGAUGAACUAGAAGCACCUGAGCCGCUUGCGAUAGUGGAGCCGGACUGUGCACCUGAGCUAGAAGCACCUGAGCCCGUAGCUGCAACAGAGCCGGACUGUGCAGCGGAGCUAGAAGCACCAGAUUGGCUAGGAGUAGCUGAGCCGGAUUCUAGACUGAGCUGGGCUAGAGGGGUUCACAGUGUUAGAUGGGCAAGGUCCAACCGUAGUCAAAGUGAUGGGACCACUAGUGCACGGUUUCAACAACGGAAUGGUGAUAGGCGAAGAAAGCGUAGCGCCAAUUUGGUUGACACUGUUGAUAAGCUUGUUGAUGUUGUCGAUAUCAGCACAGUCGUAGCAGCCACUAGACUUGGCGAGAAUAGAAGCAAGCGUACCAAUGACGCUGUUCAGGCUACCGAUAAGACCCGAAAGAAUCAAUUUGAGGACGGGAGCCAAGACACCGCUGCUAUUGGCAAGUUGCUGUGCAACAUUCUCAAUAACAGUGACCAAGUUAUCAACGAUCUUGAAGAUCGACAACAGCGCAUCACCAGCGAGACACGUAACCCCACCAAGGGCAGCAAGCAGAGCGUCGAUGGCACCGGUAACUGCAGCAAGCAGAGGGCUAAGCGCGCCAAUAUUACCGGCGGCGGCAAGCCAGAGCUGGGAGAUUCACCGCAAGCACACGCGGUAGCGCUGGGGAUAAGGCCAGUGGUAGUGAUGAGGGUAGUGCAGACAGAAGCAGCAGGGGCACUAGAGACAGCAGAAGGUGAACUGGAUACAGCUGUGGGCGCACUGGAGGCUGCAGAAGGUGCACUAGAAGCUCCCUUAGAUCCACUGGGAGCCGCAGAAGGUGAACUGGAAGCUCCCUCAGACCCACUGGGGGCCGCAGAACGUGCACUAGAAGCUCCCUCAGGAACACUGGAAACAGCCGAACAGUAG